GAGAAGAAGGGUAUCAUCUAGAUCUGACUCUUCUCUCUUUCUCUCUCUACAAAGAACCGCCGCACACAUCGAUUCAAAGCGGUAGGGUUUCUGUUUUUUGCUUAAUCGAUCGGAGAAGAAGAUGAGGGAAAUCAUCAGCAUUCACAUCGGACAAGCCGGAAUCCAGGUCGGAAACUCUUGCUGGGAACUUUACUGUCUCGAACAUGGAAUCCAGCCUGACGGCAUGAUGCCUAGUGAUACAACUGUAGGUGUUGGAAACGAUGCGUUCAACACUUUCUUCAGUGAGACCGGUGCUGGCAAGCAUGUUCCUCGAGCUAUUUUCGUUGAUCUAGAACCGACUGUUAUUGAUGAAGUAAGAACGGGAACUUACCGUCAACUUUUCCAUCCUGAACAACUUAUAUCUGGAAAGGAAGAUGCUGCUAAUAACUUUGCCAGAGGUCACUAUACAGUUGGUAAGGAGAUUGUUGACUUGUGUCUGGAUCGAGUGAGGAAGUUAGCCGAUAACUGCACUGGUUUACAAGGAUUUUUGGUUUUCAGUGCUGUUGGUGGUGGAACUGGUUCCGGAUUGGGUUCCUUAUUGUUGGAACGUUUGUCUGUUGAUUAUGGAAAGAAGUCAAAGCUUGGCUUCACCAUAUAUCCUUCACCACAGGUUUCAACUGCUGUUGUUGAACCAUACAACAGUGUUCUCUCAACCCAUUCACUACUUGAACACACAGAUGUAGCUGUUCUUCUAGACAACGAAGCGAUCUACGACAUCUGUCGCAAAUCCCUUGACAUCGAAAGACCUACAUACACCAAUCUGAACAGAUUGAUUUCCCAAAUCAUAUCAUCCUUAACUACUUCAUUGAGAUUCGACGGAGCCAUUAAUGUUGACAUCACUGAAUUCCAGACUAACUUGGUCCCAUACCCGAGAAUCCAUUUCAUGCUUUCCUCCUACGCACCUGUAAUCUCAGCUGAGAAAGCCUAUCACGAACAGUUAUCUGUUCCUGAAAUAACCAAUGCAGUGUUCGAACCUUCGAGCAUGAUGGCUAAAUGUGAUCCAAGGCAUGGAAAAUACAUGGCUUGUUGUCUGAUGUACAGAGGGGAUGUCGUCCCUAAAGAUGUCAAUGCCGCCGUUGCCACCAUCAAGACGAAAAGAACUGUUCAGUUUGUCGAUUGGUGCCCAACUGGGUUUAAGUGUGGUAUCAAUUAUCAGCCACCAUCUGUUGUUCCUGGUGGAGAUCUUGCUAAGGUACAAAGAGCGGUUUGUAUGAUCAGCAACAACACUGCUGUGGCUGAGGUGUUUUCGAGAAUCGAUCAUAAGUUUGACCUUAUGUACGCAAAGAGGGCCUUCGUGCAUUGGUACGUGGGUGAAGGUAUGGAAGAAGGUGAGUUUUCCGAGGCCCGUGAAGAUUUGGCUGCACUUGAGAAGGACUAUGAAGAAGUUGGAGCUGAAGGAGUUGAUGAAGAAGAUGAAGGUGAAGAUUAUUAAGGUCUGUUUGGUAAUAGUUUUAGCAGUGUUAUUUUGAUGUGUUUUUAUUAUUGUUGUUUGUUUUAAUUGUGUACUUUGAUGAAAAACCAAACUUGUUUUGAUGUGAAACUGUAAAACUUAUCUGAUGAUGAUGGGGCUUUUGUAAGCUGUUUCUUUUAUUGGUUUGUUGAAACAAGAAGGAUUUAUUAUGAUUGAUGAAUGUUUUAUUAUGGUAGA